ACACAUAAUAGAAAACAAUUUCAAAUUUCUAGCGCCAAAAUAAGGAAACGGUGCGUUUAAUAAGCUAUUUUGCAGAUUUACCUUACUGUUCAGUUGUCGAAUCAAAAAAUCGAAAACCCUAAACCCUCAAUAUUAUUCUCUCUUCUUCCUCUUCCUCCUCCCUAAUGCCAGGCGUCACCUCCACUUCAGGUGGCAAUGAUUCAUUAGUUCCUUAUUUACCAGACUCUCAACUCUCCGUGGUCUACCCACUUAACCAUGGACUCAAACCCCCGAUUUCUCGUCUAUCUCUCUCUUUCGCCGGAGGAAACACCUUACGCGUCUCUAUUUUCCGGCCACCUCCAUCCGACACCGACGAAGCUGACACAGAUGUCGGAGGGAAAGUAAUGGAGGUUAAACUUGGCGGCAAUGGAGAUGGAGAGUUAAACGACGCGCAGUGGCGAAGAAUCUCGUACGGCUCUGUAUCUCCGUACGCUCUCCUGAAAAGCAGAAGAAAUUCUAUUUCUAGCUUGUCCAAAGUACAAUUGAAUUCUUCUCCGUAUCACCCCGAGUGGUGGGAGUAUGUGAUGGAGUACAGCAAAGAGAUAAGUUCACUACUUGGUAAUGAUAAGUCAUCAACUGCUUCUCCUGUCAUUGAAGACCCAAACGAAGUUCUAAAGAAAGGUGAGGAACCGACCUGUUUAAAGGCUGCGUGGGAUCUGAUGGAGAUGUUUUAUGCCGAUAAGCCGUCCCAAUCAUGGCUUCCUGAGCGUCUUGUCGAUUGGCUGUCUGAUUACGACAGCCUACUAUCAGCCACACAGACAACAUUACAUAUGAAACUUAUGGAGUUUCAAGAUGAUCUAGUCACUUUGCAGGUCAUAGAGGAUGAUCCAAGAUAUUGGGAGUUGAUAUCGUCUGCAUUAGCAGUUGGCUGGCUAGAAAUUGCUGUGAAAAUGUUGCGAUUGCAUGGGUCUUAUCAACUGGAUCAGCUCGGCAGUAGAGAGACUGAGAAUGGUCUUGUAGAGACAGUUGCUGUUCUUAUUUCAAAAAUGCCACGCAUGCGUCCUGAAUUAGGAGCUGGAAAAUUGGGUGAAUGCUUUAAAGCCAAGCCUGAUUUUAUGAAGGCUUGGGAGAGAUGGCGAGCACAAGUAACUAAGUUGGAGUCCAGUUCUUUCUGGGUUCAGUGUGAUCACCGUCAGACACGGGAGGGAUUGAAAAACAUGCUUCAGAUUAUGCUGGGAAACUCUAACAUUCUGUCAACCACAACUUGUAAUUGGAUGGAGCUAUAUAUAUCUCACAUUCUAUACAUAAGGCCAUUCACAGCAGGUCUGGAAAGCAUGUACAACUUAGCUCAAAAAUGCAUUCAAUUAAAGCCAUCUUCCAAUCCACAUAAACUGAUGAAGCUUGUUCUUGGCAUACUUGGAGACAAUACUGAGGUUAUUUUAGCAGAAUGUUCAAGAGGAUUUGGCCCUUGGAUGGUGACUCAUGCCGCAGAGUUAUUGACUGCUGGGAACAUUCAAGCAGAGAUGCUGUUACAUGAGCAGCGAGAUAAUUUGGGGGGAAUCAGUAUAGAUGAGCUUCAUCGGCUUGUUUAUGCUCAAGUUCUUUCUUCACAUAUCUUGACUUGGCAAAUUGCUCCAAUUUAUUUGAUAUCAUGUAUGAAGCUGGGAAUGAGUUUGCUGGAGAUACUAUUAUACAGGCAGCCUGUUCAACAUAAUGAAUUGCUGAUUAAGAAUUUGGAGAUUUGCCGUCUUUACGAACUUGACAGUGUCAGCAGAGAUGUUAUGAAGAUUGCUGGAGUAUACCACUGGAAACACGGUAGGUUAGGUUCUGGAAUUUAUUGGCUUCGGCAAGCUCGGGAUGAAGUCUGUCUUAACAGAAUCGGUCAGCAAUUGUUUGAUUCUGUUGGAAAGUCAAUCUCUGAUGAGAGUUUCAAGCAAUGGGAAGGUUUAAUUGAAUUGCUUGGUUCAGAAUCUAAGCAUGCCGGUGGUCUUGAGUUCCUGCACAAGUAUAGGGAUUUUAAGAAAUCUCUAAAGCAGGUUUCUGAUGGGAAAACUACAGAUGCUGCAAGGAUAGCUGUAGAAUCACUAUUAUCGCUUAUGAAAAGUUCUUCUACACCUCAACGUUUCUGGCUGCCUCUGCUGUAUGAUUCGUUAAAACUGCUUAGCUGGCAGGAGCAACCCCUGCUAAAUGUAUCUCAAACAAAUCUUCUGUUGAAUAAACUGCAAGAAUUGUCAAUGGCGAGGCUCCGCCCAGACUUUGUCGAAGCAGACUUGCCAUCUCAGGCUUCAAGCUCUGUUAGACUAGCUCUUGCCACAAAUCUCGGACGUGCCAUCUUAGAGGAAUCAUGAUCAUCUACAUUUGACGUUGUCGGUGUCAUCAUGUUGAAUAUUUGACUCGAUAGUGACUUGGAUUCCCAGCGACCAAGCAUCAGCAGUUAUAAUCAUUUGUGGUUUAAUUGACAACUCCAAAAGCUUGGACAGGUAUUGAGAAAUCAUCUUUGCUAAAAUUUAUCUCAAAGCUGAUGGUUUAGGGGACAAUCGGUUGUAUCUGUAUUUAUAGAACAACAACGUUAGGUGUUGCCGUGCUGAAGUUUAGAUCUUACUUAUAUCUGUUUCUGGCAUUGUUGUAUAAUUAUAGUCAUUGGUCCUUAUGCGUAUUAGCAGAAAAGAGUUUAGAUUGAUGUACGAUGAUUUUUGGAGUGUAAUAUGCUUCUAAAGUUUGAUAAA